AUGUUUGCCUAUGAGGCAGCUGAUGCCAUGAAGAGACUGAAAAUGUCCUUUUUUAAUGCUGUUGUAGACUGUAGCAUUCAGUCUUUGGAGGACCGCUUUCAGUCUCUGGGGCAAGUCAGAGACAACUUUGGAGUGCUACUGAAUUUCAGCCUGCUUGACCCACAGGCACGGAGGGACAAUGUAGGCUUCUUGGGGAGAAACUCGCAUGUGGAGAAGAAGCUGACAUUGAUGGGACUGAACUGGCUACAGAAAUGGAGAGUCUUCCAGAACUCCCCCAAACCAGACUCCGGUUUCAAUGAGGAGAAUACUGAUGAGAACACUGUGCGUGGGAACUGGACCACUAAGCAAGAAUACACUCUCUCCAUGAUUGGAUAUGCCAUAGGCCUGGGUAAUAUCUGGAGAUUCCCAUAUUUAGCCUAUAAAAAUGGUGGAGGUGCCUUUCUCAUCCCCUAUUUCAUAAUGUUGAUGCUUGCUGGCAUUCCUCUUUUCUUCCUCGAGAGUGCAUUUGGUCAGUUCUGCAGUCAAGGUCCUAUCAAUGUAUGGAAGGCAGUACCAAUACUUCAAGGUACCGGUGUUGGCAUGGUGAUGAUGAACUCACUGAUUGCCAUUUACUAUGGCGUCAUCAUUGCCUACAGUUUAUACUACAUGUUUGCAUCCUUCCAGUUUCCUCUACCAUGGAGCAGUUGUCUCAGUUGGGCCGACAGUAACUGCAGCUCCACACCAAUAGUGAAGUGCAAUGUAACUAUUCCGCCAGCGUCCAACUGGACUCAAGAAAAUGGCACCUGUCCUCCAUCCCAUAUCAUCACCAUUCCAGGACAGAGCCCCACUGAGCAGUACUGGGAUCGUGUGGUGCUGCAGCGAUCCAGUGGGUUUGAUGAAACAGGGCCGGUUGUCUGGCAUCUUGCCCUCUGUCUGCUGCUGAGUUUAUCCAUCAUGGCCGCAGUCCUCUGUAAAGGCAUCAAGUCAUCAGGCAAGGUGGUUUAUUUCACAGCUACAUUCCCAUAUGUGGUGCUCCUGAUCUUGGUGAUCCGGGGUGCGACGCUUGAAGGCGCUCAGAAUGGGAUAGAGUUCUACAUCGGCUCAAAAUCCAAUCUGACGAAGCUGGCUGAAUCACAGAUCUGGGGAGACGCUGCCAAUCAGAUCUUUUUUAGUCUGUCCCUCGCGAUGGGUGGAGUCACUACCCUGGCCUCCUAUAACAGGUUUCAUAACAAUGUUUUCCAGGACACUCUCAUUGUAACCAUCGUAAACUGUGGCACCAGCGUGUUCGCCGGCUUUGCCAUCUUCUCCGUUCUGGGUCACAUGGCUCACGUCUACAGGAAACCAGUGGAAGAGGUCGCACAGGAAGGGUUCAGCCUGGCAUUCAUUGCGUACCCGGAAGCUCUGUCUAAGCUUCCUCUCGCUCCUCUCUGGUCCGUUCUGUUUUUUUUCAUGCUCUUCGUCCUCGGUAUGGACACGGAGUUUGCUUUAAUCGAGGUGAUCACAACCUGUCUGACAGACGUGUUCCCCGAAAUCCCCACAUCAAAACGGCCCUUCAUCCCGGCAGCCGCCUGUGUUCUUCUCUUCUUCCUCGGCCUGCCGUGUGUCACACAAGCAGGAAUAUACUGGGUGACGCUGAUGGACCAGUUUGUGGCCAGCUGGGUGAUGCUGUUGGUUGCCAUGCUGGAGCUCGUGGGGCUGUGCUACAUGUACGGUUGUAGCCGUUUCAUUGAAGACAUUGAGAUGAUGAUUGGAAAAAGGAGCGCUUGGUUCUGGCUGUGGUGGCGCGCGUGCUGGCUGUUCAUAUGCCCCUGCGUGCUCACGGUGAUCCUGGUGUGGUCUCUGGCAGUGUUCGAAUCUCCUUCCUAUGCAGGUUUACAGUUCCCUGCCUGGAGUUUGGCUUUGGGCUGGUGCAUGGCUAUCUCCUGCCUCCUCCCCGUCCCUGUCCUGGCUGUAUAUAAGGUGGUUCGAGCGGAGGGAAGCCUGUGGGAGCGACUUAAGUCUGUGAGCUCUCCCUCUGAGGACUGGCACCCCUUUCUUGAAAUCCACCGAGGCGGACGCUACGCUGAGGCACAGAAAGACCACGGCUUGCCUGCAAGAUUAAAUCCACUUUAAAUAUCCUCAGGCUCAAGACCCUGAUGUGUAUCUGCAAUGUGUACUUUUUUUAUUUUUCAUUCUUUUUUGUUGAUGUCUUAUGUCGUGGUCACAUUGUGCAACAAAUUAUAUUUAAUGAUCAUCACAUGCACAUUGCAUACUAUGCGAUGUGACAAGAUUAAAAUCUUGA